AUGGAGUUAGAAAGCUUCAGGGUAGGUCUUACCCCUACAGUCUUCUACAUUCCUGGUUUCAUUACUGACCAAGAGCAAACUCAGCUCCUCGAUCAGAUAUAUGGAGGAUCUGGUUCCAAGUGGAAGACAUUAAAGAAUAGAAGAUUACAGAACUGGGGUGGUAUGGUCCAUGAAAAGGGUCUUGUUCCACAAGAAUUGCCUUCUUGGCUGACAAAGAUCACCACGAAAAUUCAUGAAAGCUCGGGUUUAUUCCCUUCUGCUAUAAAUCAUGUCCUCAUCAAUGAGUACCAUCCUGACCAAGGGAUAAUGCCACACCAAGAUGGACCCGCUUAUUUCCCUGUUGUAGCUAUCUUGUCUCUAGGCUCACCUGUCGUUAUGGACUUUAGUCCGCAUUUGAGAUUAAGAUCAUCAGCAGACGAUGAUGACAUUUCCAGCGAUCAAAGUGGCAAAAGUGGUCUGUCUGAGAGAGAUAAUCAAAACUCGUUCUCUGUUUUGAUGAUGCCUCGAAGCCUACUAAUCUUCAAAGAUGAUACUUACUCAGAUUACCUCCACGGCAUUAGCGACAGUCCAACACAAUGCUACAAACAGGUCGUUAAUGAAGCUGAAGCUUCGGCUUACUCUAAUGGAGAUUCAAGCAAAGACGGUGACAAGAUUCUCCACAGAGACCAAACUCGAGUUUCACUUACCUGCCGUUUAGUCCCUAAAGUCCAUAAGAAUCUCUUCAGGUUUUAG